AUGGGUGGCCCAGAUCCCCAGAGAAAGGAGCGAGUCAAGUUCCAGAGAAGAAGCCAGACCUUAUUGGCCAAAAGCCGCGAACUUGCGACUCUGUGUGGAGCAGAUGUCUACCUCUUUAUCAAUCAUCCACGGGAUACUUUCGUUUACAAUUCCGCCGAUGAUUGCUCUUGGCCUCCUCCGGAUGAGGCCUUGGAGUACCAUUAUCCUACUCUGAGACGAGAGCCGUCCAGCGUGCAAAGCUCGCGACCAGACAUGGACCUACAUGAGCUGAAACGGCUCCUGAAAUAUUUUGCCACGAGAGCAGACUUGCUCCGGUCACUAAACAAGCCUUCCCGCACUCAGCAAAGUUCGACUUCCGACAUCACCCAG